GUGAAAGAGGGAGGGAGAGGAUGUGGAAGCAGAGAAGAGAGGGAGCAGCGGCGGUCUAGUGCUGUGGUGCACCUUCUGACGAACAGGAAGCGCCACGGCUCCGUGCUCCACCUGCGCGUUCGGUUUUUUACGUCUUGCGUGGAAGACUGGAAGACCGAGCGACAGACAGCCAGCCGGGCGAGGGGGAUUCAGAGCGUCACGCCGUACUCUUUGACCGGAGAAACUCACUCUGGAAGAGAAGUGCACCGAUAAGUCAGCCCUGCGUGUUGUUUUAUCAGGUGGUUUGGUUCACCUAUACUUCAAGUUUAAGCCGGAGAGGAACUCAAAGAUGCAGUCUCCCAGUAGCUCUCCAGAUGCCCCCAGCAAGCAUCCCACAAACAGGAAGUAGCGGCCUCCAGAAGAUUGCAGGUCCCUAUGGUGGAAGUGGCCCGCGGACCACCUUGCCAUGCCUCCCGCCAUGACGGACAUCCUGGACAUGUGGUCGCCCCUGGCUGGCCAUGCCACGGAGCUGGUCCCCGUAGACUUCCUGCUGCCCACCGGGAUCUACAUCCAGUUGGAGGUGCCCAGCGAGGCCACCAUCCAACACAUCAAGCUGCUCCUAUGGAAGCAGGCCCAGACGUACCCUCUGUUCCCAGCGCUGGGCGAGAUGGAGAGCCACAUGUUCGAGUGUGUGAACCAGGCGGCGGUGCACGAGGAGCUGGAGGACGAGACGCGCCGGCUGUGUGACGUCCGGCCCUUCCUGCCCGUGCUCAGGCUGGUGACGCGCAACUGCGGCCGCGCCGAGCGCCUGCUGGACUCCAAGAUCGGCGUCCUCAUCGGGAAGGGUCUCCAUGAGCUGGACGCCCUACAGGCCCAGGAGGUGAAGGACUUCCGGGCAAAGAUGCUGCGCGUGAGCGAGGCGCGCAUGCAGUUCUACCAUGCCAUGACCUGGAGUGAGUGGCUGCAGGCCUGCUUCUCGCCGCAGAUGGAGACCACUGGCGCCGCCCCGCCCGCCGCCUCCAGCUACAGCCAGGAGGACUACCUGAAGAUCACCAUCCACUUCGACCAGUCCCAGGACGCAGCCAGCCUGAGGGUGUCCCCGGCCUCCACCCCCACCGAGGUGAUGGAGCAGGGCCUCAAGAAGUGGCUGACCACCCACGGGCCCGAGGAUGACUCCCGGCAGGGGCCCUACGUGCUGAGGGUCAGCCAGCGGCUGGAGUUCCUGUGUGGGGACCACCCCCUCAUCCAGUACAAGUACAUCAAGGAGUGCAUCCAGGCCCGGGAGCCCCCCCACCUCACCCUGGUGCUGACCAGCACCAUCAGGACCAUGUUCGAGAAGGAGAUCUCGGCCAUCGGCGCCGUGGUCUCGCGCAAGUCUUCAAACCCUCCGGUCCCCCUCCCGCCCAAGAGGAGAGCGCCUACGCAAGUACAGACCUGUGUGUGGGACGUGUCUAGCCAGUUUAAAAUAAUCCUCCUGAAAGCAAGCAAGGUUAACGCAGAGGAGACGGCCAAGGUGCAGGUGCGGGCGGGCCUGUUCCACGGCACGGAGUUGCUGUGCAAGCCGGCGGUGAGCAGCGAGAGCAGCGGGCGCUCGGAGCAUGCCUGGUCGGACGGCACGCUGGAGUUCGACAUUGUGGCCAGCGACCUGCCGCGCAUGACGCGCCUCUGCUUCGCCGUGUACGCCAUCAUGGACAAGGUGAAGAAGCAGAAGUCCACCAAGAACACGCACUCCAACAAGUACCAGACCAUCCGCAAGGCGGGGAAAGUGCACUACCCCAUAGCCUGGGUGAACACCAUGGUGUUUGACUACAAAGGCCAGCUGAAGACCGGCGACGUCAUCCUGCACAGCUGGUCGUCCUUCCCUGAUGAACUUGAAGAGAUGCUGAACCCCAUCGGGACCAUCCAGACCAACCCGUACACGGAGAACGCCACCGAGCUGCAUGUGCACUUCCAGGAGUACUCCUCGCAACCCAUCGUCUUCCCGCCCUUCGACAAGAUACUGGAGAAGGCUGCGGAGAUUGCAAAAGCCAAUGACCUCGUUCCCAUGGGGCGCGGGGGGAAGAAGUUCCACAUCGAGCUGAAGGAGAUCAUGGAGCGCGACCCGCUCUCCCAGCUGUGUGAAAACGAGAAGGACCUGAUCUGGACGCUGCGCCACGACUGCCACUUGAAAUUUCCCCAGUCCCUCCCCAAGCUGCUGCUGUCGGUCAAGUGGAGCAAGCACGAGGAUAUGGCCCAGCUCCAGGCCCUGCUCCAGAUCUGGCCCCGGCUGAGCCCCAGGGACGCCCUGGAGCUGCUGGACUUCAACUACCCCGACCAGUACGUCCGCGAGUACGCUGUGAGAUGCCUGCGAGAAAUGAGCGACGAGGAGCUGUCCCAGUACCUGCUGCAGCUGGUGCAGGUGCUUCGCUACGAGCCGUACUACGACUGCGCCCUCACGCGCUUCCUGCUGGAGCGUGCCCAGGCCAACCGCAAGAUCGGUCACUUCCUCUUCUGGCACCUUCGGUCAGAGAUCCACAUGCCUGCUGUUUCCAUCCAGUUUGCCCUCAUCCUAGAAGCCUACUGUCGAGGAAGCAUUCCUCAUAUUGAGGUCCUUAAGAAGCAGGUGGAAGCGCUGAGCAAGCUGAAGUCGGUCAACGAACUCAUUAAGCUGGGCACCAUCAAGACGGCCCGCAGUAAGACCAAGGAGGCCAUGUUGACCAAGGAGGCCAUGAUGACGUGCCUGAGACAGAGCGGCUAUUCAGAGACGCUGUCGGACCUGAACUCACCGCUCAACCCCAGCAUCCAGCUCUCCGGCAUCAAUGUGGAGCGCUGUCGCUACAUGGACUCCAAGAUGAAGCCUCUGUGGAUCGUGUACCACAACAAGCUUCUGCGUGGAGACAGCCUCGGCAUCAUCUUCAAGAACGGAGACGACUUGAGACAGGACAUGUUGACUCUACAGAUUCUGAGGUUAAUGGACCUGCUGUGGAAGGAGAAUAGCCUGGAUCUCAGGAUCGUUCCUUACGGGUGCCUGGCCACGGGGGACCGGGCGGGGCUGAUCGAGGUGGUGUCGUCGGCGGACACCAUCGCCAACAUCCAGCUGACCAGCAGCAACGUGGCGGCGGCGGCGGCCUUCAACAAGGACGCGCUGCUCAACUGGCUGAAGGAGAAGAACUCUGGGGACGCACUGGACCGCGCCAUCGAGGAGUUCACCCUGUCGUGUGCGGGCUACUGCGUGGCCACCUACGUGCUGGGCAUCGGAGACCGCCACAGCGACAACAUCAUGGUCCGCAGCACCGGCCAGCUCUUCCACAUUGACUUUGGCCACAUCCUGGGCAACUUCAAGUCCAAGUUCGGCAUCAAGCGGGAACGUGUGCCCUUCAUCCUCACGCACGACUUCAUCCACGUCAUCCAGCAGGGCAAGACGGGCAACACGGAGAAGUUUGGAAGCUUCCGUCAGUAUUGCGAGGACGCCUAUCUGAUCCUGAGGAAGAACGGGAACCUCUUCAUCACACUGUUCGCCCUCAUGCUCACUGCUGGGCUGCCAGAGCUCACCUCCGUAAAAGACAUACAGUACCUGAAGGACUCCCUGGCGUUGGGCAAGACGGACGAGGAGGCUCUCAAGCAGUUCCGCCAGAAGUUUGACGAGGCGCUGCGAGAGAGCUGGACCACCAAGGUCAACUGGAUGGCUCACAACGUGGCCAAGGACAACCGCUCCUAGGGCAGCUGCCCCCCCGCGGGGUGGGGGUGUGGGGGGUUGGAGGGCGAGGGGCUAAAGGGGGUGCCACGGAGAGACGCAUAGAAACAACUUAUCUAUAUAUUUAAAGAAGGGAAUGUAGAAGACACCCGCUCCCGCCUCACCUACCCACCCCGCUCACUUCCUUAUGUUGUUCUGAAAGACAGAACAAAGAGAACUUCUUUCAGGCCUUUUGACAUAUUUGUGGAAUAACCUAUGGCACUUGCAGGUUUUGCACAAGUACAGUCGGUGACCGAGCACACACUCACACACACUUGCAACCCAUGGAAGGAACUUACUCUCCAAACUCUAUCGUCUCUCUCCUAUAUCUCCCCACAACAAAUCCCAGCCGCCAGCCCCUAUAGACGUACUGACCGUGGGGUUGGGGGCUCCGGCCCACUGACUGAUGAGGGAGAGGGGUGCUUCAGAGGACGAGUGUGGGUUGGCUAAUUUGUGUCCGGAGAACAUCAACGGCUGGUCCCACGCACGGAGCCAACAGAGGCAUCACGCGCCACGCCCAACUACUGAACUCUCUAAGAUAAACGACGGGUGUGGACGGCAAAAAACUGAAAAAAGACGUGGAAACAGGAAGAAGUCUUAAAACUUAGCCAAACUAUAUGCAACGGCCACAAAGGAUCACAACAUUCUUGUUCCUUUACUGCCUCCUGCUAACCAUCAACCGUGUGCCUCAAGUGCGGGAAGAUUGUAUAUUUUUAUUUUUAUUUUUUUGCCGUUUUAAGAUAUAUAAAUAUAUAUCUUCUGUUUUUUUUUGUUUUUCUCGUUUUGUUUUUAUGUGCCAGACUACUUUAUUGCUCCACAGAAGUGUGUGUGAGAGGAACAAGUUUUUAAAGUUUUUAAAAGAACCAGAGGAAUCGAAUACCUUGAGCCUCGUCCACCAUUGUAAGCUAAGGGGUAGCGUGGAACAUUCCAAACACUGGAACCUUGCAUGAACAAGACCUAGCAGAGAAUAGGAAUUACUGAACGUUUUCUAUCAAAGUAAAAACUUUAUUUUCGAGUUUGACCGAAAAAAUUAUUAAAAGUUGCUUCUUAUUUUUUUUGCUUUAUCUAAUUCAAUCAGAUUUUUUUUUGGUUUUUAACAAAGGUAAAUAAAAGCAAUUCUGCUAAAUAUAUCCGCUUUAAGGAGUUCAUGUCUUAUACAGGGCCUUGCCUCAGCUUGUCAGCCUUUCAAAGCACAAUCCACCUUGUGCUAUAAUCUCGACAAUAUCGGAAUCAUGUAACAUGCCUUUCUUAGGACCAAACUAAAGAGAAAAAACUUUGGUUGUUUUAUUGUUAAUACAUAUUUUGUAAUUAUUUGUUCCAAAGUUGAAUGUUCUUGCAAAUAAGUGCCGCUGUAAUUUGAAAUGUAUUGGUUUUGAUAUAGCAGGGUGAGGGACACUGCGAUACAAUGCUCCAAUCUAGCUUUUCGACAUUGGGUGCUCCCUGCAGCACCUGCAUUGGUUGUUGUGCAAUAUCCAUAAACAAAUAUAUGAACUGUAUCUAUUAGCAUAUGAACCCUUGGGCUUCAGGCCCGAGCCCAAACUGGAGGUCCCGGUUGGUUUAUGUGUGAUGCUGCUGUACUUCCCACUGCUAGCCUUUACAUGUCUCCCAGACACUGGAUAUUGUCAAAUGUACAGGCUUUUAUUAUUUCGCUGGUAUUUUGUUUUCAUAGGAGUUUUAUUAAAGUUAUUUUUCACCAAAAACUCAGGCAAUCUCUGCUGUUGUCCCAGUCCUGGUUGCUGUUUAAUGUCGCUGAUCUGGUUCAAAACAAACUGAAUGAUUCCAUCUUUGUGGUUGCUCGAGUCUUGUUGUGAAUUAAGUUUGAUUCCAGGAGAUGAAAAUAUCCAGAUCUGUGGGAAUCGACUUUUUUUAUUAUUCGGCCGAGAGAAAAAAACUUGUCAGGGCGAGGUCCCAGAUGGUGAUGCCUCUCCUUCUUAUGUCCAUAGCUUGCUUUCAGUGAGGCUGCAAUGUUGUGCCUUUUGGAAGUUAUUGCUUUGAGUGUCAACAUUCAGUACACGACUAGUAUGCUGCCCUUGCUUUACUAUAGAAAAGGAUAACAUCUGUGUUGUGGCUCUUCCCCCACAAACUGCAUAUGGCACCGUUCUCUACUUUGAAGUGGCAUUCUUGCUUAUCUUAUCCAGACCACAAUGGAACACAUUGAGUUUUUGUGGUUGUUGAUUGUCUUAUCUAUUUGUCUGUAGAGGUCCAUCUCUUUAUUCUUUUUCGCAGAAGCAGAAUAAUCUUGGCACUAAAUUGUUUAACACUUAAUUCACUACUGCUGGAUAGUGACAUGGUUGUGACAUCAUCCCCAGGCAAUAAUGUGUGCUGGUCCUAUUCCCCCGUUAUGUAAUAACGUAAUGUCUACUUCCUUCAAUAUGGUGACUAAGCCCGGAACUGUACCAUGUGUAUCUGGAGGCGGUUUUUAGGUCAUUGCAUACGUAACCACCGAGUCCUUCGAGCUCUAUUUUGUGUUAUUAUAAUAUUGCGUUGGUUGCUGCUAGUGUUUUCUUUUUUAUUCAAUUUCCAACUCAGACUUCACGCACAACACAGGCAAGCGAAAAACAUGCAACAUGAGUCUCCACGUGCAAAGUGUAACAGUUUUACGUAAAGUGAUAGGCAGUGGUUUGAGCCAAUCACCGCCCUUUGUCGUUAUAGCGUCACUUUCCCCAUGGAAACCCUCGGCUUCAGCCAAUGACCGGCAGAUAUUCUGGAGUCUAAAUUCAGGUCGCUCCGGGAGGUGCGGAAUACCGACUACCUGAAGUUAAUGACAAUAUUCCCUUCAUGCCGUCAGCAUUCAACACCAAGGUGCAUGAUCCAACUUCAACCACUCAGGUUUGUGAUUUUUAUAUGAGCAUUUUCUUUUACCAAAAAAAAAAACGACCCAUGCGAAAUAAUCCAGUUUGCUAAUUGUAUUUUACUUAUAAAAACAAUUUCAGAAGCUUGUUUUUUCUUACAAAAGUAAGGGGUAUGUCUGGACUUGACACUUGUCCCUACAUAGCAAUUAUAACCCUAUUUUAUUGUGCGAUUUAACACUUCAACGGUACCUCAAUAUAACUGUGUACCUGCAGUGGUUUGCAUGUCAACGGGUCUGCGUCAUGAAGGAGAAGGAGUUGAAUGGGAGAAAAUAAUUCUGCUCCAAAGUGGUCGUUUUUAAUUCCUCAUGAACUGCAAAUCAUUCUUCAUAGGCUUGCAAGUCUAGUUAGUCUUGAAAAUAAACACAUCCCACAGCCUAGGAACCCUAGGCUUACCAUACUGUUGUGUAUUCAGUCUUGUGUGCUGUUCCUGUUACUCCACUACACCACCAGAUGGCGCACUUACCUAGUAUUAUACUGAAACUGUGUGUGAUGUUGAGUGAGUAGAAGAAGAAUACAGUGAUACUCGUUGAGUAAACCUACAGUGCCCGUCUCGUUCUUUAUUCUAUUAUAUUAGGAAGUACAAGUUAGUAUAGAACACAUACCCAUUAUAUAUGUGGAAUUAUAUCUAAAUCCUAUAUAGAUAUAGAGAGAGCUAUUCCAGUCAUUGUUUUUAAUCUGUGAAUUAAUUUAUGGUAAAACUCGGAAACUUUUCUUUAAUUUGACAAGAAUUGUGUCUCAGGGUUUAAGUUUUUCUUACCUGUAUUUCUGUUCCCAUUUCAAAUGAUUAUAGGCUGUUGUCCAAAAGUACUCUCACUGUGUUGGCUGUUUGGCUUUUCCAU